AUGUGGGCCGUUGACAGCGGGGCAACACAUCACAUCUGCCACGACAAGUUCAAGUUUGCAAGCUUGGUCGAAGGCAAUGAUGGCGAGAUCCUGGUGGCUGAUGGCAACAAGGCGGCCACCAAAGGUGUGGGGACCAUCGUGGAAAAGGUGAUUCUGCCAAACGGGGAAGAGCGCGAGAUCGAGAUCAAGAACGCGCUCUAUGUGCCCAGCAUGAGCAAAAAUCUGCUCUCGGUGCCGCAGAUUAACAAGCACGGCAACUUCCAAGUGGUGUUUGACGGGGAUACGAUGUACGUCGCUCGCAAGGAUUCCAAUCAAGUGGUGGCAGCUGCGGAUCUUGUAGACGGACUCUACUGGCUUCGCACGACGCAGCGAUCGGCCAAUGCGACAUCACUCAACAACGCUGUUGAUCUACAUGCGCGUAUGGGUCAUGCUCCAGUCGACGUGCUUCGCAAGAUGGUGACAAGCCACAUGAUCAAGGACGCUCACAUCCCUUCCAAGCCGAAUGGAUCAAGUGUGUGUCGAGGAUGCCAAGAAGGGAAGAUGGUCCAAAAACCAUUCCCGAGCAACCGUGACAAGCGCACCUACAACACCUUCGAGAUGCUCCACUUCGACAUCUGCGGACCCAUGGAAGAAAAAUCUCUGGGUGGCAGCAAGUAUCUGCUGCUGAUCGUGGAUGAAGCCAUCGGAUGCAUGAAGGGUUUUUGUCUGCAUUCCAAGUCAGAGAGCGAAGAGUGCAUCAAGAAGUACAUCACGAUGAUACAGACGCAGUUCAACAAGAAGGUCAAAUUUGUGCGACACGAUGGAGCCCGCGAGUUUGCGACGAACUCGCUUCAAGAUUUCUACGAAGUCGAAGGCAUCGAGCAACAAACCACGGUGCCAUACGCACAUCAAGCCAAUGGAACUGCUGAACGCGCGAUUCGAACUAUCGUCACCAUCGGUCGUAGCAUGCUCCAUCAUGCCAAGUUGGACAAGUGCUUCUGGGCUGAAGCGGCAAUGACGGCCGUCUAUGUGAAGAACCGUUUUGUUGCAAUGUAG